CUCUGCCCCUUCUCUUUGUAAAAAAGAAAGGAGAAAAGAAGCCGGCCCACCGACCCCACUUUGAGAGACUCGCCAUGUCGAAAGUGAUCCAGAAGAAGCACCACUGGGCGGCCAAAGUGCACCAGUGCACGGUGAGCCGCAAUGCUCAGGGCCAGCUCGGGGUCACCGUCCUGGGGGGAGCGGAAUAUGGGGAGUUCCCUUACAUCGGGGCCCCGGCGGCCGAGGAGAGCCCGGGGGAGACGGCGCUGCCCGGCGGCGAGGGCGCCCUGGGCGAAGGGGAGCUCCUGCUGGAGGUGCAAGGCAUCCCCGUGUCGGGCUUGCCCCGCUACGACGUCCUGGGAGUGAUCCGGAGCUGCAAGGAUCCCAUUGUUUUCAAAGCCGUCAGACAAGGAAGUCGUCUGAACAAAGAUCUGAGACAUUAUCUCAACCAGAGAUUUCAGAAAGGAUCUCCAGAUCACGAGCUGCAACAGACUAUUAGAGAUAACCUUUAUCGCCAUGCUGUGCCUUGUAAGUAAUUAACAAGUCAUCUAGUGGAUU